CACCGUCCCAAAGAAGCCCAACCUCUGCCUCUCCGUCGUUCUUAAAAACCCCUUAUCUUCACUUCUCCUUCGUCUUCCCUCCAAACCCAACCACUCCUUUCCUGUGUUUGAAUUGAGCUGAUGGAGUUGUUCGACCGGGCGAAGGCCGUGCGCCUGCGGGGCCACCACGGCAAGUACCUGAUGGCCGGGGAGGACGAGGAGCGCGUGAUACAGAGCCGUCACGGCUCCGACCACGCCGCCCGCUGGGUCGUCGAGUUCGUCGAUGGCGGUCGCGCCCUCCGCCUCCGGAGCUGCCACGGCCGCUUCCUCGCAGCUACCAGCCAGCCCUUCCUCCUCGGUGCCACCGGCAAGAAGGUCAUUCAGGCUCCCGCUGCCGGUUCCUUUAACGAUUCCUCCCUCGAGUGGGAGCCCGUCCGCGACGGGUUCCAGGUCAAGCUCAAAAGCUACUCCGGCCACUUCCUCCGCGCCAACGGCGGCGUCCCACCCUGGCGCAACUCCAUCACUCACGACGUCCCCCACCGGACUGCCACCCAGGAUUGGGUCCUCUGGGACGUCGACAUCGUCCAGAUACACCCCACCCCCGCCAAAUCGCGCUCUUCUCCUUCCAAAGGCCCCUCCGCCAUGCCGCCACCCUCUGCCGCCCCCGCCGUGCUGCCGUCCUCGACCUCACGCACUUCUCCCCCUUCCGGGCCUUCUGACCCAGAUAAGUCUCCGGACUUUUCCUCCUCAAGGUCAACGUCGCGCUCCUCUUCUCCAGACGCUGUUUCAUCUCCGCACAAGUCCACCUUCUCGCCGACAUUGUCCAAUCGACAGACCCCAGCACCGGGUCGGACUAUCCACUACACCGUCGCAGAUGACAACGGCAAUGUGGAUGACAGUAUGGAGUGGCCUUCCUUUACUUUUAUAGGAACGAGUGUGCCUGAGUUGACUAGUAAAUUGAAGAAGAUGACGAGGCUCGAUGAUAUAAUUGUGUGCACUCGCAACCCACUGAACCACCGCCUCAGCCCUCUUUAUUUGCAGCUGCCUCCAAACAACAGAACGAUGCAGCUUGUAGUGGUCGAUGCCGAGUCAAGUUAUGGAGCAAGUUUUGAUAUUUGAAGGAUGAACUUCUACCGUACCGCCGGAAUGGUUUCGUCUUUGUCCAAAGCAUGCCGGACGAAAAUUUCAAUCAUUCUUGUCAAGCUGCUGGUGUGAGGUCUUCUUCAUACGCUACGCCGGGGAUAUCCGCAUUCGAAGAGAACUGGUAAAGUCUGGUCAGGUCAUGUGACUUGCUAAUUUGUAUAAUUUACUUUGGACACCAGAGAGUCAUGCUGAAAGAUAAUCUCCAUUGAAAAUUUUCACAUUGUUUGUGGAAGACUUAUUAUUGUGUUUCAUAUGUAUAUAUAUGUGUGACUUAUUAUUGUUCGA